AUGAGUUUGUGGGAAGAGCUGAGCUGGUUAUUAUACCUAAUGGUGGGGGUAAUUGGUGUGAUGUGUCAGAAGCAUGCCCCUGCUAGGAGACCUGCAGAGUCUGGGUGGAGUAACUAUCCCCCUCGGUCUGGUGUUAGAAGUGCUCAGCAUUUAGGAAGAUCUUUAGCUCCUGUGUAUCAGCAGCGUCCUAUCAGUGUGCAUUGUCAGGUAGACAACAUGGUGGUCACCGUUCAAAGGGAUCUGUAUGGAAAUGGAAAACUGUUGAAGGCCUCAGACCUGACUCUAGGACCACUGCGUUGUCCACCAAGCCCUCAGACUACAGACAGUGUUGUGGUGUUCCAGAAUGGGUUGCAAGAGUGUGGGAUCAGCUUAAAGAUAACUACAGAUUUUCUGAUCUACAGUACAGACUUGACCUAUAACCCCACCCCAUCUGCUAACUCUUCUAUUGUUCAAAAAAAUGCUGGUGUGUUGUUAAUACAGUGUUAUUAUUCAAGACAUCAAAAUGUGAGCAGUAAUGCCAUCCAACCAACAUGGUUUCCCUUUUCUUCUACUGUAUCUGCUGAAGAAACUCUAUCCUUCACCUUGGAGCUCAUGAAUGAUGACUGGAGUGCUCCGAGAACCUCUACCAUCUUCCAACUAGGUGAUGCUUUCCAUAUUGAAGCUUCUGUUGGAACUGCCAACCAUGUGCUUAUGACUGUGUUUGUUGACAGUUGUGUGGCCACAUUAUCUCCAGAUGCCAACUCAAAUCCUCAUUAUGACCUCAUUGCUCUAAAUGGAUGCUUGUUGGAUGGAAAGCAAGAAGAUUCAUCCUCUGCAUUUAGAAGUCCAAGGUCCCAGCCAGACAAGAUCCAGUUUGCAGUUGAUGUUUUCAGAUUUCCUAUGACCAAUGUCUCCACGAUCUAUAUAACCUGUAAGCUAAAGGCUACUGCAGCCACACAAACCCCAGAUCCUAUGAACAAGGCCUGUUCUUUCAGCAAAAUCAACAACACCUGGUCCCCUCUUGAAGGCAUCAGUGACAUCUGCAUGUGCUGUGAUACUGGAAACUGUGUGGAUUUUGCUAGUCAAACCAGGAGAGUGAGCCAAUAUUAUCCUGGUGGUAGAAGGGUAAAGAGACAGGCUAAUCCUGAUCCAAAACCCAUGGAAGAAUAUGGCAUUGCCAUUCUAGGGCCACUUUUGGUGAUCAAGCAAGACUAUAACAAAUCCCUGGCAGUGUUACAGGAUUCCCUACCAGUGUUAAAUGAUUCUAACUUAUUUGGGUCCUGUCUGUUUAUCACAGUUGUUUCUUUAAAUGCUAUUGCUAUCAUUGCACUUAUUGUUAUCUUUAUGAAAUAUUACAUCAUACAGCUGAAUAAGACAGUGGAGGAGUUUGUCACUGACCUCAGAUUAAAAAGCAGGUCUUGUAACUAUGGUCCUCUGCAAGAAUCUUUAAUCGGAGAUAGGCUUGUGAUAGGCUGCAAUAGUAAUAAUACACGUGAGAGGCUACUAAUUGAUUGUGAUUUGACUCUGCAGAAGGCUGUGUCCAUUUGUCAGUCUGCAGAGCAAACCAAAAAACAAUUAGGUGUCUUAUGUAAGCAAGAUAGUCAGGAAAUUGUUAAUGAUGUAAGAACACACAGACCUUCAAGAGGAAAUUCCAGUCCAUACCUGUCAGAGAGGAUACAUAAGAAUAAAGUGGAUAUACAAGAUGCAAAGCACAAAGAUAUGUCAUGUGGGAAAUGUGGAAAAAUUCAUGAGUUUCACAAAUGUCCAGCCUAUGGGCAGAAAUGUAGGAUCUGCAAAAAAUAUAAUCACUUUGCCUCACAGUGUAAGCAAGCUAGACAACUACAUGCUGUUAAAACAUAUACCUCUAGCAGUAGUGAUGAUGAUCUUUAUGUGGACAUGGUCACACAAGUACCUACAAAAGAUAAGGAAUGGAUUGUAGAGGUGGAAGCACAUGGUGCACCGAUACCAUUUAAAGUAGAUACUGGAGCAGAUCCCAAUGUUAUUCCAGAGGCUCUAUGGAAAAAACUACAACUUAGACCUAAACGUCAGAAACAAACUGAAGUACUAAAAGCAUAUAAUGGACUUGACAUUCCAACUGUGGGUCAUACUCACCCUAAAGCAUAA